ACGCAAACUCAGUGUCGUUAUCGAAGACACUUCCGGUUGCGACGGAGGUAGGUUUACGAGGCCUGCUUCGGGUGCGAAGGGUUCUUCUUGGGCCGGGCCACUGCGGCGCGACCAUGGACCGUAGGAAAAAACCUUUGGACGUCACGGCCUCCUCGUUGGUAGAUCUUAAGGCUGAACUCUUCCGAAAGCAAGAAGAAUUCAAACAAGAAAAACUUUUAAAAGAUUCUGGAGUUUUUGGAAAACCAAAAACAACUAACAAGAAACCAAGUAUCUGGAGCAAACAGAAUGUAGGCAUUUCAAAUCGAGCUGAGAAGGAUGCUGAACAGAAGAUUGAAGAACAGAAGACUUUAGACAAAGCAAGGGAAAAAUUGGAAGAAAAAGCCAAAUUAUAUGAAAAAAUGACUAAAGGAGACUUUAUAGAUGAAGAAGUGGAGGAUAUGUACCUUGUGGAUUUCACGCAGAAGAUCAUAGACAAGCGCAAAGAAAUGGAGGCAUCUGGUGCCCAUAGAGAUUCUCAAAAGGCAGGAGAAAGGGACGACGAUGAGGAAAACCUUCCUGAGGGAGAGAUCCCUCCUCCCCAAGACCCCAGUGAAGAAUGGGUGGAUUAUGUGGACUCUUUGGGGCGUUCCCGGCGUUGUAUGAGAAAAGAUUUGCCAGAUCUGCUGGAGAUGGAUAAAAAUCUUCAGGGGAGACUUUUUGUUAGUCCUGCUAAUGAAAAAACCCUGUUAUCUGAAGAUAUGAGAAAAGAACUUCAGCGCCAGCAAUGGGAGGAAGAAGAAAGAGAGGCCCUGAAGAGGCCCAUGGGGCCCGUACAUUAUGAAGACAUUCGGGAAAAUGAGGCCCGGCAACUCGGCGUUGGGUAUUUUGCCUUUGCCCGAGACAAAGAGUUGAGAAACAAGCAGAUGAAAACCUUAGAGAUGCUGCGUGAACAGACAACAGAUCAGAGAACAAAACGAGAAAACAUAAAGGAAAAGCGAAAGGCUAUCUUAGAGGCAAGACUUGCCAAACUUCGACAAAAAAAGAUGAAAAAAUCAAAAGAAGGUGGAACAGAGGAAGAAAACAGAGAUGGAGAUGUUAUUGGGCCUUUGCCACUGGAGCCAGAGCCUGUGCCAGCUCCACGUCCUGCUGCCCAGAGUAGCAAGGUAGAAGUCAUUGUCCAGGAGAGGAAGGACACCAAGCCCGGAGUGCCACACAUCCGGGAGUGGGACCGCGGAAAAGAAUUUUCCUUUGGAUACUGGUCGAAGAGGCAGUCAGAUCUCCGGGCUGAGAGAGAUCCUGAGUUUGCCCCACCGUCAGAUUACUUUGUGGGUCAGAAGAGAACUGGUUUUUCCAGCAGCCAGGCAUGGAGCAGGCCUGGGCCAGCACAGAGUGACCCAGGGCAGUCCUCUGACCAGAGCCACGGACCUAGCCCUGCACAUACGUCACCCACUCCUGCCCCCGACAACCCACCACAAGCCCCCACAGUUACUUUCAAAACUCUGGAUGACAUGAUUUCCUAUUACAAACAAGUGACUUGAUCUUUCAAAGCACCCUGACUUGGGUUUGUACUUUGAUAGUGCCUUUCUCUCCCAGAGAGAGAGAAAUGACUUUAGGAACUGAAUUUGUACCUUUGUCCUCUCCUUUUCCUAGGAGGCACACACUUGAGGUUGGAUUUGUCAGGAAGGAGGAAAGUUGUGGAAACUUUGGCCACUUGGCUGUUCAUUUUUUUCUAAGAGGGAUAUGGACAUACCUACCUGUAUUUACACGUGAACUGCAAUAGAAUAGAAGUAUUUAUUCUGUAGAAUUUGACACUGAGAUGUGCUUAAAACCCUAUCUGUUUCAUACCUACUCCCACGACUUACUCAUAUUUAAGGGUUCUUUUCCAUUCCUUUUGCAAAUACUAGCAUGCAGGUGUCUUUAUUCCAAGGGUUCAGCUUCCAGAUCAGCUGAUGGAACCAUAGGUGAGGAGGAAUUUCUCCCUGUCAAGCAGUGGCAGACUGCAUGGGAGGCGAAAUGCUCUGUUCUCCAAGAGGACCCGGAAGUAAUCACAUAGGAAAUGAUAAGGAAGACCAGGAGGAGCUCUUCAUAGUCCAGAAAGGUAGAAGUGGGAGUUGUUUACUUACUUUUACUGUCAUACCAUCCUAUUACCUACACUCCUGUGUGCAGUGGGCAUUCAGUAAAUGUGUGUUGAAUGACAGACGUACGUGGAGGCUGCUGGGCCUGGUCAGAGAAUGAUACGCCUUAGCGGCAAUGGUUACAGCUUUUCAGCGCAUCCCACCUCCCUGUCGCCCCCAUGCUCAGCUUCCUCACGUUCAGGAACCUGACUUGGAUCAGACUUGGGGCUGCACAGUGGAGCAGGUGGGUCCCCAUGUCAUUAGUAACAAGGAGAGGGUUUGGGGUGGGCAGGGCUCCAGAAAUUCAGCGAGGUGCCUGGGCACCCACCCCAUCCUCUGCCUGCCACACCUCAGAGGGUUCCUACAGGUGCAGACAAGCAGUUGAGAGUUGAUGACCAGGCCCAUAGGGCUCCCAUAGCUGGUUCCCAGGCCAGUGAGUGCUGUGAGAAUGUGGUAGCACAAGUCCUUGAUGUUCCUCGAGGAGUGGGAAGGAGACGAGUGAGUGAAGGAGAUUGUCCCCUGGGGGUCCUCUGCAAUGGCAUCGUCUCUGUUCCCACAGUGCUGCAGUGUGGAAGGGAGUGCCCCAUCCUCAUUACAGAUGACACUGGAGUGUGGAGGGGUCGAUGACUCGUGCAGGGUCAUAUGGUACCUAAGGAGCAGAUCUCAGAUCUCAGACUUAAACACAAUUGAUGUCUAACUUGCAGACAGUCUUUUCAGUGCCCUCUGCUCUUAGUUUUGUUGCCCUAGUAUCAAGCAAUCUUAGACAAACAUCCUGAAUUCUUACAAACUUACCUCUAAACACCGAGGGUAAAGAUGCCAGUUCUGUUAAUGGUCAGCCUAAUCAUUCUGUCAGCCUAAUCGGGUAAUUGCUUUUUUUAAUAAAUACACAUAAAAACCAGCUAACCCAGCUGCCUUUUUUGCAGAAAUUGACAAGCUAAUCUUAAAAUUCACAUGGAAAUGCAAGGAACCCAGAAUAGCCAAAACAGGGGUCUAGAGAAAAAACAGAGAGGACUCACACUUCCUGAUUUCAAGACUAACCACAAAGCUACAGUAAUCUACACAGUGUGGUAGUGGCAUAAGAAUAGACACAUAGAUCAGUGGAAUAGAGGCGAAAGUCCAGAAAUAAAACAUAUAUCCGUGGUCAACUGAUUUUUGACAGUGGUGCCAGGACCAUCCAGUGGGGAAAGAACAGUCUUUUCAACAAAUGGUUCUGGGAUAACUGAAUAUUCCAUGCGAAAGAAUGGGUUUGGACUUCUGCCUCAUGCCACAUACAAAAAAUCAACUCACGAUGAAUUGAAGACCUAAAUGUAAGAGCUAAAACUACAAAACCAACUGAAACAGCUGGUAGGAUAAAGAGGGAGGAGAAAAAAAGAAAAAUUGGAAUACUAAAAAGAAAAAUAGAAUUAUUAGACAUGCUAGAAUCACAGGAAAAAUAGAAAAAAGAAAGGGUAGGAAGAAAAUAAUGAAUAGACAAAAGAUGGAAAGAGGAUGUAUGUGUAACGCAGAGCAGAAGGACCCGAGGCUGACUGGAGUGGAAAGGAGAAGGGAGAUGGGGCAAGGCAGGCAGCAGGAAGAGCUGUAGGUAUGGGAGCCAGCAUCACAAAGGGUCCAGCCCAGGUGACCACAUCCAUGCCUGUGGCAUUCAGGUGGAUGACGAAGCAGUUGUGCUCGUUGGCUCAUGGUAACUGUUGUCUAAUAACUGUGAGUCACAUUUUCUCUGGGAUUUCAAAAACUAAAUAAACCUAUUUAUAAUCCUCUCUUAACAGUAUAAAUUUAGUUCAGUGUUUUGCGAGCCCUUUUCUGUUUCAGAUCCAGUUCUUUGAGUAUUGACACACCAUCACAGUCUUACUGUGUGACACGGGCCUGUCUUGUACCAGUGUAUCCAGCAGAUGGCAUUAGAGUUCUUAGAUGUCAGCUCCAUACUCUUAAAACAGCACCCUCCAACAGAAAUAAAAAAUAAACCUGUGGCAUGCGCCUGUAAUCCCAGCUACUUGGGAGGCUGAGGCAGGAGAAUGGCUUGAACCUGGGAGGCGGAGGUUGCAGUGAGCCGAGAUUGUGCCGUUGCACUCCAGCCUGGGCAACAAGAGCGAAACUCUGUCUCAAAAUUAAAAAAAAAAAUAAGCCCAGACUCUCAUUUUCAAUUUUCUAGCAACCAUAUUUAAAAAGUGAAAUUAUUUUUAACUCAGCAUAUCCAAAAUAUUCCAACAUGUACUCAAUAUAUGCAAAUUAUUAGUGAGAUCUGAAAUUAUUCUUUUUCACACCAAGAAUUCAGAACUCACUGUGUAUCCAGUUAUGCAUAUCUCAAUUUGGAUGCUAACUUUUCAUCAGGAAUACUUGAUCUGUAUUUAGGUUUUAUAAAAUGUGCAGUUGAAAAACACAAAUUCAUAUCCAAGUUGUUCCAAAGAUACUUAAACAUAGUAAAGUUUUUCAGUAACUGAAUUGAAUAUCAAGUUUGAAAAAAUAAAACCCAGUUCCUUAGUCAUGCUAACCUUGUUUCAGAUGCUCAAAGGGUCCGUGCAUCUAGUGCUGCUGUCCUGGACACAGCGGCUCCAAGUGAUCUGCUUUUACACACUUCCUGGUCCGACUAGACAUAAUCCUCCCAUUAGUAACUAAAGUAUUGGCCAAUACAUUUCUCCCAGGCAGACAUUAAACAUUCACAGUACUCUGUGGCCAUGUUUAACUUGGGAGCAAGUAGUGGCAAAA